GAAGAAUGAAGAGAGAGUAGAGUUUACAACUCAAAAGAGAGGAGCGGAUGUUUCUUAUGGAGCUGUAAUCAUCAGGUUUUUUUCUCUCUUUGUCUCUUCAUUUUUAUUGCCGGAACUGAAAACAAGUAGAAAUCAUUACGCUGAUUGUUAACUAACAACUUCGUCCCCCACAAAGCUCCUUCCUUUUUCCAUUAAAACCUGCAGAGCUUGAGAUAAAAAAUCGACCCAGAUUCCAAUUCAUGUUCGAUCCCCACUUUUUUCGUAUUAUAUCUUCGUAAAUUCGUCUGCUUUCCGGGGGUUUUGGGUAGUUUCAGAAUGCGAGGAUCGAUCCCCCCGCUUCCGUCGCCGUCGCCGUCGCAGCAACCUCCGUUGAUGUACCAUGAGAGUCCUUUACCCACACGACUCAUCUUCCCGCAUGUCGCGGCUGUCUCCGCUUCCUUUUCGCUCUUAUUGGUUCUAUCUCUGUGCCUCCGCAAAAUCCGGCGCCAACGUACUAACUCCGCCGACUCCAAGCCGCCGCAUCAGUACUCGUAUUCCAUCCUCCGUCGCGCCACUUCCUCGUUCUCCGCCUCUCGCCUCCUCGGUCAGGGGGGAUUUGGCUCCGUCUACCGCGCUACCAUCUCUAACCACCACGAUGGAAACGACAGCAACAACAACAACGGAAACCAGGCCGUCGCCGUCAAGGUGAUGGACGCCGGCUCGCUCCAGGGCGAACGGGAAUUCCAAAACGAGCUCUUUUUCGCUUCCAAGCUCGACUCUUCCCUCGUCGUCUCGGUCCAUGGAUUCUCUUACGACCGGAAACGACGCCGUAUGCUCCUGGUUUAUGAGCUCAUGCCGAACGGUAAUCUGCAAGACGCGUUGCUUCAUCGGAAAUGCCCGGAAUUAAUGAACUGGAAACAGAGGUUUUCGAUUGUUGUCGAUAUCGCCAAGGGACUCGAGUAUCUCCAUGGAUUGGAUCCUCCAAUAAUCCAUGGAGAUAUUAAGCCUAGUAACGUUUUGUUGGAUCAGAAUUUCUCAGCCAAAAUUGCAGAUUUCGGACUAGCAAGGUUGAAAUCUGAGGAAAUUAGAGUGGAAAUAGCUGAGGAUUAUGGAUCUGUAGCUGAAACUGAGAGUGUAGCUACUGGAAUCGAUGAGUUCAGCUUGGCUGUAGAUCAAUCGCCAGUUUCGGUUAUGGUCACGGAAUCACCACUGAAUGCGGAGGCUGUUACGAUUGCUGCUUCCCCGGAAUCUCUUGCUGUGUCUCCUGAAAUGAUGGAGAAAGGUAGUGUUUCAGAGGGGAAUUUAAGUGUUUUGGAGAGUGGUGGGAAAGGGGUAAAGAGCGGUUCUGGAAGCGAUUGGUGGCGGAAGCAAGAUAAUGCGGCAGCUCCGUUGGAGAGUGGGAAAGUGAAAGAUUACGUAAUGCAAUGGAUUGGGACUGAGAUCAAGGAGAGACCUAAUAGUGAUUGGAUCGCUUCUGUGGCGUCUUCAAGUAGUUUAACAAAUGCUAAAUCAGAGAAGAAGAAGAAAGGGAGUAGGAAACGGUUGGAAUGGUGGGCGUCGAUGGAGGAUGACAAGGGAAAGAAUGUGAAGAAGGAGAAGCGACGGCCGGCGAGGGAGUGGUGGAAAGAGGAGUAUUGUGAAGAGCUCGCUAAAAAGAAGAAGAAGAAGAAGAAAAAGACAGCAGGGGCGAUUGAUAGCGAAGGUAAUGGUGGCGGUGGGGACAAUUGGUGGCCGGUUGAUGAUGAAUUGUAUUCGGAGAGGAAGAAGGGGAGUAAAAGAAAUAAGAAUAAAGGUAGUGUUGGUAGUGUGGAUUGGUUAUGGGAAGGGCUUAGUGGCGAACUACGUCGAGCUAGACGGAACAGUUACGAUUCAUUCAGUGGGGAGAUUGCCAAGAGUGGCGGUGCUAGCAGUACGCCCAGUAUGAGAGGAACAGUUUGCUACGUUGCCCCCGAAUAUGGUGGCGGUGGUGAUGUAUCAGAAAAGUGUGAUGUUUACAGUUUCGGGGUUGUUCUGUUAGUUCUGAUAGCAGGGAGGCGACCCCUGCAGGUCACUGGGUCUCCUAUGUCUGAGUUUCAGCGAGCCAAUCUGAUUUCGUGGGCUCGGCGUCUUGCCCGAACCAGAAAGCUCAUCGAUCUGGUUGACCAGAGUAUACAGUCUUUGAAUAGGGAACAAGCCCUUUUGUGUAUCACAGUUGCUUUGCUCUGCUUGCAAAAAUUACCUCAUCGUCGACCUUCAAUGAAGGAAGUCGUUGGCAUGCUCACCGGUGAAGCAGAGCCGCCUCAACUACCAACGGAAUUCUCCCCUUCUCCGCCAUCCCGAUAUCCAUUCAAGUCUCGUAAGAAGGUCCGGUGAGUUCUUUUCGUCAGUUAACAUUAGCUUGUUGCUGUUAGUUCACUGUUUCAUAUCAUUCAUCUUUGUGG